AUGCGAUGGCGACGCGCCCCGCGCCGCUCCGGGAGCGCCGGCCCCGGGUCCCCGCGCGCGGGCCCCGCAGCCCGCUCGCCCCCGGCGCUGCCCCCGCCGCCGCCGCCGCCGCUGCUGCUGCUGCUGCUGCUGCUGGGGAGCGCGGGCCUGGCGGCGGCGGCGGCGGCGGGCGGCCAAGCGGCUCCCGCGGGGGCCUCGCGGUGCUCCGCGUCCCCGCCCAGCGCGGGCUCGGUGCAGGAGCUGGCCCGGCGCGCCGCGGUGGUGAUCGAGGGGAAGGUGCACCCGCCGCGGCGGCAGCAGGGGGCACUCGACAGGAAGGCGGCGGCGGCGGCGGCGGCGGCGGGAGAGGCAGGGGCGUGGGGCGGAGAGCGCCCGGCGCCGGCCGCCGGCCCCGGGGCGCGGGGAUCGCCCGCCCAGGACCCGCUCCCCACCGCCCACGGGACAGCGCCCGCCGAGCCCGCGCCCAGCGCCGGCGGCCCCGGUGAGGAGACCCCGGGGGCGCCCUAUCUGGUGAAGGUGCACCAGGUGUGGGCGGCGAAAGCCGGGGGCUUGAAGAAGGACGCGCUGCUCACCGUGCGCCUGGGGGCCCGGGGCCGCCCCGCCGUCGCCGCCUGCGGGCGCCUCAAGGAGGACGGCAGGUACAUCUUCUUCAUGGAGCCCCUGGCCAACACCACCACCACCACCAGCAGCAGCAGCCCGGCGCCCGCCGCCUUCCGCGCCUCCUUCCCCCCGCUCGAGACCGGCCGGAGCCUCAAGAAGGAGGUCAGCCGCGUGCUGUGCAAGCGGUGCGCCUUGCCUCCCCGAUUGAAAGAAAUGAAAAGCCAGGAGUCAGUAGCAGGCUCCAAACUAGUGCUUCGGUGUGAAACCAGUUCUGAAUACUCCUCCCUCAGAUUCAAAUGGUUCAAGAAUGGGAAUGAGUUAAACAAAAAAAACAAGCCACAGAACAUCAAGAUACAAAAAAAGCCAGGAAAGUCAGAACUUCGAAUUAACAAAGCAUCACUGGCUGAUUCGGGAGAAUACAUGUGCAAAGUGAUCAGCAAAUUAGGAAAUGACAGUACCUCUGCCAACAUCACCAUUGUGGACUCGAAUGAGAGCAGCACUGGCAUGCCAGCCUCAACUGAAAGAACGUUUGUGUCUUCAGAGUCUCCCAUUAGAAUAUCAGUAUCAACAGAAGGAGCAAAUACUUCCUCAUCCACGUCUACAUCUACCACGGGCACAAGCCAUCUCGUCAAGUGCGCAGAGAAGGAGAAAACUUUCUGUGUGAAUGGAGGCGAGUGCUUCAUGGUGAAAGACCUUUCCAACCCCUCAAGAUACUUGUGCAAGUGCCAACCUGGAUUCACUGGAGCAAGAUGUACUGAGAAUGUGCCCAUGAAAAUCCAAAACCAAGAAAAAGCGGAGGAGCUCUACCAGAAGAGAGUGCUGACAAUAACUGGCAUCUGCAUUGCCCUGCUGGUGGUCGGCAUCAUGUGUGUGGUGGCCUACUGCAAAACCAAGAAACAGCGGAAAAAGCUUCACGACCGGCUUCGGCAAAGUCUUCGGUCUGAACGGAACAAUAUGGUGAACAUAGCCAACGGGCCUCACCACCCAAACCCGCCCCCUGAGAAUGUCCAGCUGGUAAAUCAAUAUGUAUCUAAGAACGUCAUCUCCAGUGAGCAUAUCGUUGAGAGAGAAGCGGAGACAUCUUUUUCCACCAGUCAUUAUACCUCAACAGCCCAUCACUCCACUACUGCCACUCAGACUCCUAGUCACAGCUGGAGCAAUGGACACACAGAAAGCAUCCUCUCGGGCAGCCACUCUGUCAUCAUGAUGUCAUCAGUAGAAAAUAGUAGGCACAGCAGCCCAUCUGGGGGCCCAAGAGGACGUCUUAAUGGCUUGGGAGGCCCUCGAGAAUGUAACAGCUUCCUCAGGCAUGCCAGAGAAACCCCUGACUCCUACCGAGACUCUCCUCACAGCGAAAGGUAUGUGUCAGCCAUGACCACCCCGGCUCGUAUGUCACCUGUAGAUUUCCACACGCCAAGCUCCCCCAAAUCGCCCCCUUCGGAAAUGUCUCCGCCCGUGUCCAGCAUGACGGUGUCCAUGCCUUCUAUGGCAGUCAGCCCCUUCAUAGAAGAAGAGCGACCUCUGCUGCUUGUGACGCCACCCAGGCUGCAGGAAAAGAAGUACCACCACCACCCUCCGCCCUUCAACUCUUUCCAUCACAACCCCGCGCAUGAGAGUAGCAGCCUCCCUCCCAGCCCCUUGAGGAUAGUGGAGGAUGAGGAGUAUGAAACCACCCAGGAGUAUGAGCCAGCUCAAGAGCCUGUUAAGAAACUCACCAACAGCCGGCGGGCCAAAAGAACCAAGCCCAAUGGCCACAUUGCCAACAGGUUGGAAAUGGACAGCAACACUAGCUCUGAGAACAGUAACUCAGAAAGUGAGACAGAAGAUGAAAGAGUAGGUGAGGAUACACCUUUCCUGGGCAUACAGAACCCCCUGGCAGCCAGUGUUGACGUGGCACCUGCCUUCCGCCUGACUGACAACAGGACUAACCCAGCAGGCCGCUUCUCGACCCAGGAAGAAUUACAGGCCAGGCUGUCUAGUGUCAUUGCUAACCAAGACCCUAUCGCUGUAUAAAACCCAAAUAAACACAUAGAUUCACCUGUAAAACUUUAUUUUAUAUAAUAAAGUAUUCCACCUUAAAUUAAACAAUUUAUUUUAUUUUAGCAGUUCUGCAAAUAGAAAACAGGAAAAAAAACUUUUAUAUAUUAAAUAUAUGUAUGUAAAAAUGUGUUAUGUGCCAUAUGUAGCAAUUUUUUACAGUAUUUCAAAAUGAGAAAGAUAUCAAUGGUGCCUUUAUGUUAUGUUAUGUCCAGAGCAAGUUUUGUACAGUUACAGUGAUUGCUUUUCCACAGUAUUUCAGCGAAACCUUCCAGAUAAUUCAGUUUUUGCUGGCUUCUCGUGCAUUGCAUUCUAAUGUGGACUGGAUGUAUGAUUUGCAAGACUUGCAACCGUCUGUCUUUGCUUGUAGCAGCACCCCAACCAGUACGCCUUGUAAUGGCACAUCCAACCAAGUACUCUUUUGUACGAAGUUUUCUUUGCUUUUCAAAUAUGAAAUGAGUUCUGUCUACUUUGUCAGCCAAAGGUUUGCUUCACUGGGCUCUGAGAUAAUAGUAGAUCUAACAGCAUGCUACUAUUAAAUACAGCAGGAAACUGCAUUAAGUAAUGUUUAAUAUUAGGAAGAAAGUAAUACUGUGAUUUAAAAAAAACUAUAUUAUUAUUCAGAAGACAGCUUGCUCUUGCUAAAAGGAGCUACCACUGACUUUGUUUUAACUUAUUUAUUUUUUCCUUCAAAAAGAACAACUGUUUUAGGGAUAGCUUAGAAAAUGGGUUCCGGCUUGCUAUCAGGGUAAAUCUAACAGCUUCGAUAGAAGACUCAAUUCCACUUUCUCUCUAGGAAAAUGAUUUAGCGGCUCAUCUAGUUGAACAGCAAACCACAAUUGAUCAUGAUAAUCAUUCCCGAUGGGGUGUCUUUCUUCACUGAUUUGGGAGCUGUUGAUUGGCUGUGUCUUCUCAGCUCUGGAAGAAGCAGGUCAUGGCACAAAAAGUUUAUCCCAAAUAGCACACUCACCAAGCUGUCUCCAACACUUGUACAAUGAAAAGUGUCUGUUGUGCAUGGCAAUGGCUUGUCACCGUAGGAAAAUGUCCCCAUUGCCUCAUGUUUAGAAGGGGGUGAAGGUGUAGAAGACGUAGGUAGAGUGUGGCCGUGUGACUUGGUUGACAUUUUAAAGUAUGGUUGACCUUUCCAUUCUUCCCCUUCUGUUUCUCUUGUUUUUAACAUUGCCCUGAUCGAGUCAUAACUAUGCACGAACACUUCUUGUCAGAAAUGACCACUGUGCAUAUGAUUUGUGAGGAGCAAGGAACUUCCUCAGUGGUACCCACUAGGAAAUGGCAAUAGUGUUAAGAUUGCACCUUUACUUGCAGCAGUAGCCCCUACCUCUGGCCUGGCCUCUCUGGUGACAGCCUAUGCCACUCAUUUUCCUCUCUCUUCAUUUUUGCCUUACUACCACAAUAGCAGGACUCAGACUGGGCUGCGCUUGGCAUGUUCUCCGCAACUGCGAAUCCAGUGAAGGCCUGCAGACAGUGAUAUUGGAACUCACUGCUCAUGCAGGAAAAUAAGAAAAGUAAACACCCCAAAAUGCAAAUCCUCUUUCUAUCCCCUGACUGGUAUCUGCCAGAUCAGGUCUGGAGCUUUGCUUCUGCUUUCGAGUGGUUUCCUAGAAUCCAUGGAGCAAAAUGGAAAACCGGUUAGCAGAGGGUUCACGAAGUCAACUAGUCUUGUGUCUUGUUCACAAGUGAACUGAAUCUAUUUCCUCGACCAAAUCCUAUGCUGCAGAGGAGAGGGAAGAAACAACAUGCAAGUAGAUCUUACAAGCCAAAUGCUGUCCCGGGCAUACAUUAAUGUCAUCACUCCUAUGUGUUCCUACGCUCCACAGAGAUGCUUCCCUGCACGUCUCUGAAGUUAGGCUUCGUGUUUGGUAUCCCAUAUUUUCUGUUCCAUUUAUACACCCCACUUUCUCGGUGGUCAACAUUGGCCUUGUGGCUUUUUAACCUACACAGAGGUGCCCCCUCAAGUUGUACUCGUUUCCCAAUUCCAGAGAAAUGAGACAGCUCCUGGAAGGAAAUGAAGUCAGCUUCAAAGACGUUCUCCAAAUGAUUUCUAAUAUUGCCCUUGAAUGUCUUGGCUCUCUCUUCAAUAUUUUAAGGCCCUACACAUCAUGUUUCAAACUCCUUGGGCAGCCGGGUAGGCAAAUAUCCUCUUUGGAAAAAUAAAAAUUUCUGAUUAAAAAAAAAAAUGAGCCUGAGCAGCCUUCCCCUCAGUAUACGCAUUGCUGCAAAUGCUAACAUUUCAAAGAGAUAGGAAAUUUCAUUUCCAGCCUGAUUGUGGUCACUCAGAAAGGUGGUGUGUUCAUUGAGAUACCUUUCUCCCUAUGGAGCAAGAAAUUCCUUUGAUAAGAAAAGCCAGUUGGCUGCUCCAAGCUUCUUGCCUCAGCCACCAGAUUUCUAUUCACAGGGACAUUGCAGUGAGAUGGCUUCUCACUCUUCCCUAGUUAUACGUUAAAGCAGUGCCUUGGCAACCCAAAGGAAUAGAAAAACCUAUGCUCCUGGCAUAUAGAAAGCCAUCUUGGGCUUUAAGGGCAUGGAAAUUAACCCGAAGUUUGACAGCAACUUGUUAUUCUGGGUCUGAAAUCUUAUCCCCCAAAGGGCAUGAAGGGAAGCAGAGAAUGUACAAAAUUCCCUUUUUUCCCUCAUGUAAGAUUCAUUUCCUUCUUUUCUGUUUUCCCUUCUUGCUUUUGUCCCCCACAGUGCCUGAUAGAUCGCCUUCAGAUUUAUACAGCUUGGUCCUCUGUGUAGGAAAAUGUAUCCCAAGUAGCAAUAUACCAUCUCCUUCUUGUUCGGUGUGACUCUCUUGAUCUAGGUGGAGUUAAUCCAGGGUAACUUGCUCAGAAUUUGUCUUUGUUUUUUCUUUUAUGGUCUGAGGUUGUAGGGCACUUGGCUCAUGUUGGCAAAAAUAUGGAAGACAUUUUAGUACUGGCAGCAUUUCACCAGCUACAGAGAUUUCUGUCUUCAACUACUCAUGAAACACUGCACAGAAAUGCGGAUAAAAAGAAAAUGGCCACCUAUCACAAGUUCUAUUUCAUAUUCUUUUGUAAAUACAUAUUGUACAUUGCUUGGAUUUUUUUCAAAAAAAUCACUGUCUAUGAGUUAAUGUCGGUUUUUACUCUCAACUGUGUAACAAUGUAAAUAACAUAAUGUCCUUUAUUAUUUAUAUUUAAGCAUCUAACAUAGAGAAUUGUUUUCAUAUAAGUUUAAGAUGAAUGUUAAAAAUAUGUUUUUUUUCCUUUGCUUUAAAAUUAUGUACCUUUUCCUUUUCUUUUUUUUUUGUUUGAAAAGAAUAAUUUAUUGUUCAGGAGAAAGAAUGUAUAUGUAAUUGAAACUAUUUGAAGAAUGCACAUUUGAAGGCCGUGAGGUACUGAUAAACUAAAGAAUUUAUGAUCCAAAAUACUAAGCAAUAAGUAUAAUUGUGAUUUAUUUAAAGUUUUGUUCAUUUUUCCCAAGAAAGUCAUACUGCAAUAAAAAACAAAUGCUAUCUGUGGAGACUUGGGUGUGUUGCUCAGCAGACUAACGUUUCAGUCUGUUAGACCAGCACCUUCUGUCUUGCUGUGACAGUUGUACUAACGUAGUGGAAAUGUGCUUCUUGGAUCUCACCAUCAUCUUGUCUGUUGCUUUUGCCACACAAUCCAUCCUUGAGUCAUCUGCCUCCUGGUUCUGUUUACCCGCCUCCUCCUUAUUGAAGGGGCCCCGAAGCAGUGGGAAGCUUAAUUCCUUGUCUACUCUACCUCCCAUCCACAAUGCCAUCAGAGAGAAACAGCUCAUGGACAACUGCUAGGAUUCAGCUUGCUGCUGUAUAGUCUAGUGACAGACAGAACUCCUUGAGUUUAAUGGAAAUGUCACUGUGCUCAUCUCAUUCAGUCAGGAAAGAGGAAAAAUACGGUUCAAAGGGUCCAACACCUACACUCCCUAAAAGGCAGUCAGUCUGCUUUCCAUCAGACCCAU